AGGGACAGAAGCUCUGCUGCAGCAGAACACACCUCAUCUCCAUUUUAGCUGGAGGGAGAAAGAGAGAGGGAGAGAGAUUCAGUCUGUGCCAAUUUACUCUUCAGCUCCAGUGACAGAGAAGGGAGAGCUAGGGAAGUGAUAUUUCAGGAAUCUUAAGAGAUCCACAAACGUGUGACUGAGAGGGAGACGAAGAGAAAAAAAAAAGAAAAAGAAAAAAGCAUCCUGGCACGUUUGCAAAGAAAGACUGAGCAAAUGAAGGAAGGAAGAAAUGACAGAGAGAGAUGUAGUCGGUGCUUCUGUCGCGCAGUGAGCCACCACGCUGGGAGCCAUGAGUCCUCCACCUGUGGCCAGGAUGUGAAAUCGAUGGUGUGACAACAAAGGCAGUCAUUGAGCCACAGCCUUGUGCAGUCCCUGUUCCACCACUGCAAUCAAAGUCACACAGAAAAACACUCUUUGCAGAACAGUCCUCCACUAUAAAGGGGAACAUACACAUUCAGUUUUUACUUGUGUCUGACGCUGCUGUAGAAUGUUGUUAACAAUAUAAUCACUAUUUAAUCUGAAAAGCUUUUAUAAGUGAUGACACUGAACCAUCUGGCCUACCUUUUACAGCUUGCACACACACCUUGAAACUGUCAACAAUACAGCUUCACACACAUUUCUGGUCCAAAUGAUUCAUCUCACAUCCUCAUAAAAAACUCUUCCUCACCUUGUCUGAAUCAGCUGACCUGCGAGGAUUAUGAGGCCGACUUUAGUGUUCCUACAGUCGCAGUGUCUCCUGUGUGUGUUCAUUGGUGUAUGUGUGCCCGGCAUUGUGGGCUCGCUACCUCACGCACUACCAUGGCACGUCUCCUGCCCGGCACGGUGUGUGUGUCAGAUCAAGCCGUGGUUCUCCCUUGAUUCUGUCUACCAUGAAGCUCCCACUGUGGACUGCAAUGACCUGCUCUUGACCAAGUUGCCCUCACCCAUACCCCUGAACACACACACCCUGCGCUUGCAGAGUAACCUUCUGUCCGAGCUUAACACCGCGCUCCUGCACGGACUCGCCAACCUCACCGACCUUGACCUUUCCCAGAAUCGCUUCAGCCACGUCAGGACAAUAACUCAAAGCUCCUCCCUGCCUUCACUACUGUCUCUACAUCUGGAGGAAAACCAUCUCAGUCACCUCCCUGAGGCUUCCUUCUCAUCACUGCCAGCUUUGCAGGAACUUUUCCUCAGCCACAACAACUUACACUCGAUAGCACCUGGAGCAUUCACCGGUCUGGACUCCCUACUGCGUCUGCAUAUCAACAACAACAGACUCACCACUGUUGACCCUCGGUGGUUCAGGGCUUUACCUCGCUUAGAAGUUCUCAUGCUUGGGGGAAACCCGGUGGAGGCCCUGCCUGAGCGGGGCUUCCUUGCCCUGAAAUCCCUACGGAGUCUGGUCCUUGGUGGUAUGGGUCUGAGAGGCUUGGCUGAAAAAGCACUGGAAGGGUUGGAGGGCCUAGAGAGCCUCUCCUUCUAUGAUAACCUGCUGACAAAGGUCCCCACUCAGGCCCUGAUGAGAGUGCCAGGACUAAAGUUCCUUGACCUCAACAAGAACCGCAUCAAACUCAUCGGGACAGGAGACUUCCGAGACAUGGUCCACCUGAAGGAGCUCGGCCUGAACAACAUGGAGGAGCUGGUGUCCAUUGAAAAGGCGGCCCUGGAGAACCUUCCAGAGCUCACGAAGCUUGAAAUCACCAACAACCCGUGCCUGUCCUACAUCCAUCCGCAGGCUUUCCUCCAGCUGAGCAGGCUGGAGACUCUAAUGCUCAACUCCAACUCUCUGAGCGCACUGCACCAGCACAUCAUGCUCUCCCUGCCGAGUCUUCAGGAGGUCAGCUUACACUCCAACCCACUGCGAUGUGACUGCCUGUUUCACUGGGCCGCUGAGGGGGCCUCUCACCCUCACACUGAUGACACGGAAACAGAAAAACAAACACCACGGACGGUGCGUUUCAUCCAACCUCAGGCCACGCUGUGCUCUGAACCUCCAGAGCUGAGAGCUCGCAGGGUGAGAGAGGUAUCCUCCAGGGAGAUGUCGGCCUCAUGCCUCCCCAUGAUCCCUGCCAGCUCCCUCCCUUCCUACGUUGGGGUAAGAGAAGGAGGAAAACUGGUCUUGCACUGCCGAGCUCUAGCGGAUCCACAGCCUAAACUGUACUGGGUGACUCCCUCUGGGCUGAGACUUGGUCCUGCGCCGAGACAUGCAUCCAAAGGUUUACCGGCUCCUGCUCCCUGCCACAGCCUGACAGCCUCUGAGGGAUCCAACCUAACUUCCGCCUCCAGCAUCUCUCCCAGGCAGCCUCAAGAUGAUACUCCCUGUAACCCCUCCAAACACUACCGGCUACUGCCUGAGGGAACUCUGGAGAUGAACAAGGUCACCCCCAGCGAGGCAGGAUUGUAUACCUGUGUAGCUGAGAAUGCACUGGGGGCAGAUACACGCAGUGUUACUGUAGGUGUACAUAGCAGAGAAAAGAAAAGAAAGAGGGUAAUGUCUGCUAAUAUGAAGGGAUAUCUCAGAGCGGAUGCAAGGUUGGAGGUGAGGGAGGUCGGACAACACUACGCCAUCCUGUCCUGGCAGAGCGGUCGCAACCUCCCUUCAACUCGUCUAUCCUGGCAAGCCAUAUACUCAAACGCACACACGCCCACGUACACCACACGCAUCCUGGCUGGCACACAGAGCUUCAACCUGACCCACCUGCAGGCAGAGACAUUUUACCGAGUGUGUCUACAUUUAGGGAUCAGUGAGGGCACCAAACACGCCAGCAGGAGAUCAAGAGAGACCAGAAAGCCUCAGUGUGUUUCACUCAGGACGAAGGAUGUCCCAGAGCCCAAGCCCAGCCUGCAGCUAAGCCCGGAGCUGACCUCCACAGCAGUCACACUGUUGCUCCUCGCACUCAUACUGCUGCUGCUAGCAGGCCAGGGCUGGGACAACGAGCCUGGCGAGGGAGCGGAAAAGCAGCACAGUGCCAUCCUCCAGGAAAUCAAAAGUCCUAAAGCUCUGAUCAUCAAUCAAAAGACAGACGGGAGCAACACACAUUAGCCAAAGCAGAUUGAGGAACUGCUACUACACCAGGACUGCUGAGAUAAUGAAGUUUGUGCACAUUCAAAUCCAGACAAAAUCACUGACCCCCCGUACACACACACACACACACACACACACACACAAAAUGUCAAAUAUACACUUUGUGAAUCACAGGUAGAAGAGAGGAGUCAUAGAUCAGAGCAGUGGUUUAGAAAGAGAUUUGUAUUUAUUUUAUAUACCGUAUAAAGUAUAUAUUGACAUUGUUUCUGUGUUAAGAUGUAUUGUACAGAAUGCCUAAACCCUAACCAGGGAAAUAAAAGUGGACAAUCAUACUCCUGCAGCACAGUGAGUGAACACAGGAGAAGCAAAUGAGCCUGAGCUGCCGAUGACCACUGGACUGUAACCGAAGACAACGUGAUUCAAUCCAGGGACAGAUAUUUGCAGAGGAGAGCGGCUCAGGCCUCCAGGGUAUUUGUCAUGUUUCCUGUCUACAUGUUUCACAGACUGAACCAUUUUUUUCUCUGAGCAGAUGAAACUCUGUCUUGAGACUGAUACUGAAUUAAAUUCCUGCAUUGAUGUAAACAACCCUCUUGCUUAGCUUUCAGUACCUUGGACUGGGUUGUCCAUCUUGCAGUACAUACAGUAUAUUCAUCCUGAUUCCCUGCCUAACGUCCCAAAUCCUCUUUCAGCAUAAAAGUGAUCGAAAAGUGAUUGUGUUAAAUU